CCGGAGGACCUACCGAUCCUGUGUGAGCGGCACACCACAUCGAAGCUGAGGGCGUUCUCGGACCUGGAGAGCAUGGCCACGCUGGGCUUCCGCGGGGAGGCCCUCGCCAGCCUCACCUUCGUCUCGCACCUCACCGUCACCACCAUGACCUCGGGGCAGACCCACGGCUUCAGGGCACAAUACCGGGACGGGGAGAUGCAGGGGGCGGCGGUGGCGUGUGCGGCGGUGCAGGGCACGCAGGUGCUGGUGGACGACCUCUUCUUCAAUGUGCCUGCUCGCCGCAAGGCCUUCCGCAGCCACAGCGAGGAGUACGCGCGCAUCCUGGAUGUUCUCAGCCGCUUUGCCAUACACAACUAUGACGUGUGCUUCUCCUGCAAGAAGUACGGUGAGGCACGCACCGACCUCUUCACGCCUGGUGCUCCCAAGCAGGCAGCAGGGGCAGGUGGGAAGAAACGGCGGAGAGGGAAAGAGAGUGGAAAGGACAUGGGCGCGGAGAACAGAGAGGAGGGGAGAACGGAAGGGGAAGGUGGCGAGGCAGGCGAGGGAGAAAGGACGAAGGGAAGGGAGGAGGCGAUGGAGAAGGGGGAGGAGAAGAAGGAGGAUGAUGAGGAGAAUGAGGAGGAGGAGGCGGAGGCAGAGCGUAGGAGGCGGCAGGUGGAAGCAGUGAGAGCUGUGUAUGGUGCUGCUGUGGCACGCGACCUCAUUCCCAUUGAGACCAGGCGCGGGGGAUGGGGGGAGAAAGAGGGUGCUGGGAAAGAGGGAGGGGGGGUGGGAGAGGGAGAAGGGGGAGGAGGGGGAGGAGGGGAAGGAGGGGAAGGUGGUGGGAGUGAUGAGGGGGGCAGAGGCGAUGGUGUGCAGUUCUCAAUGAGGGGGUUGAUAUCAUCGGCGAAUUACAGUGCCAAGAAGACCACCAUGGUGCUCUUCAUCAACAACCGCCUGGUGGAGUGUUCGCCACUGCGCAAGGCGUGUGAGGCGACGUAUGCAGCCAUCCUGCCCAAGGCGGCGCGCCCCUUCCUCUACCUCGCGCUCUCCCUGCCACCGCACCACGUGGACGUCAACGUGCACCCCACCAAGCGCGAGGUGGGCUUCUUGAAUCAGGACGAGGUGGUGGCAGCGCUGCAGCAGGCGGUGCAGCAAGCCAUGCUCUCCUCCAAUUACACACGCACCUUCUACACCCACACCAACCUCCUCGCCGCCUCCACCCCUCCCCUCAAACCCCCUGCUGCUGCUGCUGCCUCUGCCGCUGCUGCUGACCCGUCCAACCCUGCUGCAGCAGUCGCCUCGCCCGCCACCAAGCAGCGCCCCCCCAAGCACGCCUCGCCGGCAUCCCUGAGGCCGCCAGAGCAUCGUCUUGUGCGCACGGAUGCGCGAAUCCCAGCAGGCCGCCUCCACGCCUUCUUCUCCCACCGCCCCUCCUCCUCCUCCCAGCCCUCGCCUUCACUAUCCCAGCCACUGUUGUCUCAGCAGCCACCGCACUCCCAACCACUCCUUGCCCAUCCCUCCUCCUCUCAACCCCCUCAUGCUCCCUCUGCCACCUCUCCGCUUGACUCGGCCUCGGAACAGGCAAGAGGCGUGGAGGGAGGAGGAGAGGAGGAGGGGCGUGAGGAGAGCAAAGGAGAGGGAGUGGGGUCAGAUGGAGUGGGGGAGGCCGGGACGCGUGCGGAUCCAGUGGAAACAGGGAGCAGGGAGGCAGAGGGGAGUGGACGUGGGGAAGUGCAGGGAGUGAAGGAGAGAUGGGACACUGAGGAGGCAGACUGCGUGGGGGCUGCGCAGCAAGGGAGGAUAGAGAGGGCAGCGUCUGUGGCAGGGCCCUGUGUGGAUGGAUCGGCUGCAGCAGGUGUGGCAGCUCCGUGUGUGCAGCUACAAGCAGGGUUGGCUGGUAGCAGCGAGCAGGCGGCAGGGGAUAGCUUGGCAGCCACAAGCAAGGAGCUGAUGUGGCAGCAGGCGAUUCGCCGCUUCGCGCGCUUCACGUGCAUGACGCUGCACCCCCCUCCACUGCUCGCGGACCUGCUGCUACUGGCGCUGGAGGAGGAGGAGAGGGCGGGCGGGCGCACACGGGCUCAUGGGUGCAAGCAGGAGAUGGUGGAGGCGUGGGUGCAGGCGCUACAGGGCAGGGCGGAGAUGCUAUCAGAGUACUUCGCCCUCUCCAUCUCCCCGGACGCCCACCUGCUCUCACUGCCCUUGCUGCUCGACCACCACACGCCCGACCUCACCCGCCUGCCAUCCCUCGCACUCGCCCUUGCCAAUGAGGUGGAGUGGGACGAUGAGAAGGCCUGCUUUGCCUCGCUCGCUGCUGCUCUGGCGGACUUCUUUGCCUUCCACGCGCCGCUGCUGCCCCGCCCCUCCUCCAACCAGCAAGAGAAGGAAACGAGUGACGAGGAAAAAGAGGGGCUGGGGCAGGCGAGGGGAGAGGAGGAUGGGGAGGCAAGCAGGAAGCGGAAAGAACGGGGUUCGGAAGGGGCUGCAAAUGAGGAGAGUGCUCGGGGCGGGAAGGAAGCUAAUGUGGUUGGAUCCACAGCUGGGGUGACUGUAGCAGGCGGGGGUGGAGUGGGAGUGAGUGAGGAAGGUGGGAGUGAGGAGGGGGUGAGUGAGGGGGAGGUGGAGGCGAUGUGGCGGCAGUGGGAGUGGAGCAUACAGCAUGUACUGCUGCCCGCACUCAAGUUCUUCCUCAAGCCCCCCAAGCGCAUGGCCAGGGAUGGCAGCUUCAUCAAGGUGAGACGCAAUGCAAUGGUGUUCCUCUGCUGCCCCCAGGCCAAGUGGUAA